GCCAUGGAGUCGUUGGCUUUCCCCCGGCGCGCUGGCCCGGCACCCUCGGCGGCCGCCGUCGCCCAGUCUGGGGAGCUCCCCCGGCCGCUGGCAGACGGGCUCAUCAAGUCGCCCAAGCCCCUGAUGAAGAAGCAGGCGGUGAAGCGGCACCACCACAAACACAACCUGCGGCAUCGCUACGAGUUCCUGGAGACCCUGGGCAAGGGCACUUACGGGAAAGUGAAGAAGGCGCGGGAGAAGUCGGGGCGCCUGGUGGCCAUCAAGUCAAUUCGGAAAGAUAAAAUCAAGGAUGAGCAAGAUAUGAUUAACAUUCGGAGGGAGAUUGAGAUCAUGUCUUCACUUAACCAUCCCCACAUCAUCGCCAUCCAUGAAGUGUUUGAGAACAGCAGCAAGAUGGUGAUCGUCAUGGAAUACGCCAGCCGGGGUGACCUGUACGAUUAUAUCAGCGAGCGGCCGCGGCUGAGUGAGCGUGAUGCCCGCCACUUCUUCCGGCAGAUCGUCUCGGCUGUGCACUACUGCCACCGGAACGGGGUGGUGCACCGUGAUCUUAAGCUGGAGAACAUCCUCUUGGAUGCCAAUGGAAAUAUCAAGAUCGCUGACUUUGGCCUCUCCAACCUCUACCAUCAAGACAAGUUCCUGCAGACAUUUUGCGGGAGUCCCCUCUAUGCGUCGCCCGAGAUCAUCAAUGGGAGGCCCUACACAGGCCCAGAGGUGGACAGCUGGUCCCUGGGCGUUCUCCUGUACAUCCUGGUCCACGGCACCAUGCCCUUCGACGGGCAGGACCAUAAGACGCUGGUGAAACAGAUCAGCAACGGGGCCUACCGGGAGCCACCUAAACCCUCUGACGCCUGUGGCCUGAUCCGGUGGCUGUUAAUGGUGAACCCCACCCGCCGGGCCACCUUGGAGGAUGUGGUCAGCCACUGGUGGGUCAACUGGGGCUACGCCACACGUGUGGGGGAGCAAGAGGCGCUGCAGGAGGGAGGCCCCUCGACCAGCGACUCCAGCCGGGCCUCCAUGGCCGACUGGCUCCGGCGGUCCUCCCGGCCCCUCCUGGAGAACGGAGCCAAGGUCUGCAGCUUCUUCAGGCAGCAUGCACCUGGAGGCGGCGGCCCGGGGCCAGGCCUGGAGCGCCAGCAUUCCCUCAAGAAGUCCCGCAAAGAAAACGACAUGGCCCAGAAUCUCCAGGUGGACAUGACUGACGACACCUCCCCGCGCCCAAGCAAGGGCAGCCUCAAACUGCCAAAGGGCAUUCUCAAGAAGAAAGCGCCAACCUCCUCGGAGAAGGCCAGGGAGGACCCUGAGCAAGGCUCAGACCCUGCCGGCCCUGGACUGGCCGCCCCUCUGCUCCCCAAGAAGGGCAUCCUCAAGAAGUCUCGGCAGCGGGAGUCUGGCUACUACUCGUCUCCUGAACCCAGUGAGUCUGGGGAGCUCUUGGAUGCAGGGGACGUGUUUGUGAAUGGGGACUCCGUGGAGCAGAAACCCCCCCCAGCUCCAGGGCUGCCCGUGCACCGCAAGGGCAUCCUGAAACACAAUGGCAAGUUCUCUCGCUCCACCCUGGAGCUCAGCGGGCCUGCAGUCUUUGGCUCCCUGGAUGAACUGGCCUCACCCAACUCGCCAGCCCGGGCCAGCCGCCCCUCUGUGGCUGUGAGUGAGGACAGCAUCCUGUCCUCCGAGUCCUUUGACCAGCUGGACUUGCCUGACCGGUUCCCCGACCCCCUGCUGCGGGGCUGUGUGUCUGUGGAUGACCUGAUGGGCCUUGAGGAGCCCCCCUCAGAGGGUCCUGGAAGCAGAGGCCUGAGACGCUGGCGACAGGACCCCCGAGGGGACAGCUGCUUUUCCCUAGCGGACUGCCAGGAAGUGACAGAGGCCUACCGACAAGUCCUGGGGGUCUGCUCAAAGCUCAGCUGAGGGUGGGGGAGGGGGCCCCCGCCCUGGGGCAGGCUCUGAGAAGCACCUGGCUGCACCCUGAGGGGAGAUGUCUUGCUCCCUCCUCCUAGGACAGCUUCCCAGCCCAAAGCUGGGCUGGUUUGCAGUUGAGCGCUGGGGAGAAUGUGGGAAGUAGCACGGGCAUUGCAUUGCGAGUUCUGUGUCAUUGGCGUCUUGGUUCCCCAUGGAGCCAAGAACAUAAAGGGGAGGAAUGGCCCCACUGAGGCCAGGUCAUGCUUGGCAGCUACUCUCCGGUGCCCUGCUGGCAGGGAUGAGUAAGAUGAGUAAGUCUGUGCGAGGUCGUUUCCUGCCAAAGAGGCUGGAAGCUCUUCACAUACAAUCCCACCCCCACCGACCACUACACUAGAAGGUGGCACCCCUUCUGUGCCCGGGCACCCUGAGAGUAGUCUCCUGGAGUGCCCCCUGCCUUAUGUACCCUAGCAGUAAGAGACCACGCCUCUGUUUCCUCAAAGGUUCUCCCCCCUUUCCCAUCCUCCAAACGGGGCGCAAGCCUCCUCGAGCUGCUGUUCUGAAUCUAGAAGACUUGAAAAGGCUCAGGCUGCUAUUGAGCGACAUCUCCAGGGGCCCAGACUUCCAGGGAUCCCACCUUGAACCUCAAAGACACUGAACUCUGACCUCUGAGCUGCUCCUGCUACUGAGAAUGGAUGUGUCUGUUUUUCUGGGCUUCCAGGACCCUGGAAUGUCCUUAUUUAUUUUUAUGUUUUCAACUGUGUUUUUUUUA